GAGAGAGAGAGAGAGAGAGAGAGAGAGGAGGCGGAAACCUCCAUCUGCCCUGCUCGGUGACCGACCCGUCAUCCUCGGGUACGGGGAAGAAACGGACCAUCUCCUCACCGUUUAAUUUUUCUCCACACCGUGAAUGAGGAAACUGAGGGAGAAACCCGAGAGGAGAAUGUGACAAAAGAAGGAGAAAAGGAAGGGAGUUUAACGUGGAAGAAAUGUAUAGUCUAUAUAUAGGCUAUGCCCCGAACUGCACCACCACCGCCACCGACGCCACCUGCCCUCCUGGUACCGGUCAAUGAGAGGCAGCAACAGCUCAGUCUGAACAGCAGAUCCUCCCUCGUGCUCUCUCUCUCUCUCUCCAGUUUCUCCUUUACCUCGAUCUCCCCUUUUUUUUCUCUCUAUCAUGCUCUCCUCACUUCCAUAUGUUAAAAAACAGUCGUCUUAUUUUAGCAACACUGCCUUCCUCCUCCUCUUCUUCCUCCUCUUCCUUCUCUCUUGCCCUCCUCUCUUCUGAGUUUUGACUCCCUCUCCUUUCACACACACACACACACACACACACACUGGAAAAUGAAGCGUGGGUCGAGUGUGUUGCAGCCUCCCUCUGAUGCAGCCAAACGACACACACACCCUGCAAACACACACACAAAGACAAACACCAGUGAUGGCGCUCGCUCGCUGAAUGUGCCCGACACACACGCUGAACACACACCGGAUGCACACGCCACAGGUUCGAGUCCCUUCCCAGCAGCCACCUCUCUCUUCAGCCCUGAUGUCAGCACCAAGAUGGCGUCCGACCUCCUCAUCCGGCUGUCAGAGGCCACCCAGAAGGCCCAGGUGCUUCCUGGGAGGCAAGCGGAGGCGGAGCCGCAGAGACGUGAGGCCCUGCCGGAGGUACGCGGUGGGCAGCAGGACGAGCCCGGCCUGGCUCUCUCACCGGACGGCCCCGGGGCGAGUCCUGAGCCUCCGUGCCUGUCACACACACCUGAUGGCACAGCUGCCACGGACACACUGGCUUCAGACAUGCUGAGGAAGCUGGCAGAACGCCAGGAGGUGAACAGCCAUGUGGUGAAGGUCAAAGAAGAAGAAGAGCCAAUGGAGGUCGACACAUUGGUUGUCUCUGACCUUGUCCAUAAUCGACCAGUCACAAAAGAGAUAACCCCACCUUCCCCUAAGGUGGCGAGCCGGCAUCUCUUCAGCAUAAAAACAGAACACCAGGGUCUCAGUGGCAACAAGAUGGCAGAGCAGUUGCACCUCGGAGCCAAAAUGGCAGACCAGUGUCUCCACAGCCUUAAAAUAGAAGACAGAUUUUAUACUGGAGGCUGCCAGCCUGGCUCUAAGACAGCGGACAGCGUUGUCUCUGGGGCCAACAACUUUCAGUUCAGAGUGAAAAUGGAGGAUCAUGGCGCCACCGCAACCAAGAUGGCGGACCAGCUUCUCUUUAGAGCAAAUAUUGCAGAGCAGCCUGUCUCUGCUGCCAAGAUGAGCAACAAGAUUCUCUCUGGAGUCAAGAUGGAGGACCAGUUUCCUGCAGGAGCUAAGCUCGAAAAACCCCUUCUCUUAGGGACCAAAAAGGAGAACUGGCUUCUCCCUGGAGCCAAGAUGGCAGACCACGUUUUCUCAGGAGUGAAGACAGAAGAGCAGCUCUUCUUUGGAGCCAAGAUGGAAGAUCAGUUCACCUCUGGAGCCAAGAUGGCCGACCAGUGCCUCAGAGCCGUGCUGUGGCAGGACAUGUCCGUGAACCUAGCGUCCACGCUGCUGCACCAGCUGUCAGAGAGGGUCAGUAAAUCCAACAGUCGGCUGGGGGAGAGGACGACUCCGCCCAUCAGAAGCAGUCCUGUUUUGAAGGUGAAUGUGGACUCUUCAUCGCUUCUGAGCUCCCAGGAUCCUCCACAUGAAACCCAAAGCAGCCUCAGCAGAGAUCAAACCACAGGUUGCUCUUACUUCUACAGGUGUCAUGUGUGCGGUUUUGAGACGGACAGGCGUGCCCUUUUCCACAGUCACAUGACAGAACACCGCCAAUGGGAGCACGGCUCCUUCUCGCUGCACUGCAGCGUGUGCGACCACUCGACCAAUCAGGAGGCAGAGAUGAGGGCUCACGCCAGCACGCACUUGAAUGGGAACACGGGAGCCAGCGGAGAUGUGAGAUGCCCCAUCACCCCUCCUGCCGCCUCCACUGCCUCAAGCAGCGCUCCGUCAGUUGCUAUGGCAACCCAGCCGGAGAACAGCGCCUCUGAGCACCGCUGCCGCAUCUGCCAGAGUCGUUUCCAGGGCAACAGGAGCUGUUGGUUCACUUCCAGGGUCACCGCCAAGGCAACCAGUACCGGUGCGACCGGUGUGGCCACCUGA